AAAAUUUUGAGAUCAUGGAGAGUUGACUAUUUAAUAAUAUAUGCUCUAAGUUAGUAAUCAACGCAUCGAUGAACUUCCUAACGUUGUAUUCUUGACAUGUCAUUCGCUUUACCAAGACAGUUCCAAAAUGGCAGCGGCCACGGACGAGCUGAUUUUAUUGGAGCGGGUAUUCCUACGAUUGGGAUCAGCUGAAACUGAUGAACAGCUACAAGCAUCAGUAUGCAAGUUCUUACCUCCUGUAUUACUUAAGCUAUCUAGUGCCCAGGAAGGUGUUCGAAAAAAAGUUAUGGAAUUGUUAAUACAUAUAAAUCGGAGGGUAAAAAGCCGACCUCAAGUUCAACUUCCAGUUGAAGCAUUAUUACUUCAAUAUCAAGACCCAGCUGCCAGCUCUUUUGUUAUUAACUUCACUAUCAUUUACAUAAAACUUGGAUAUCCAAGAAUGGAAAUUAGUAAGCAAGGCGAACUGAUCCCAAGUGUACUGAAUGCCAUUGAAGGAAAACCACUCUCUCAUCAAGAUAGUCUAAUGCUGAUUAUAAUGCCUGCUUUGGGAUAUAUAAAUAUACCACUCGACAGUGAUAAGCGAGCUUCUCUACUGGGGCUGCAGGAUAAGCCUUAUGUAGCCAAACAGUUAAUAAACUUCAUGCUUGAUGUUUUACUAUUGCCAUAUGGAUCUGUAGGUCAAACAGAGAAUCACCAGGCAGGGCAACCCAUUGAUUGGUCACAAUUUCCAGUACCAGCUGGGCUUAGUGAAUAUGCAUUUAAAAGGGUCAUAGGUGAGAGCCCGCCCACAGCUGAACAACUCGAGCAGACAAAGUUGGGAAUAGUCAAAUUCGUUGCUGGUGGAUUUUUUGCCGACGCUGACAUUCUUAUACAUUUGAUCGUAGCUGCAGCAGAUACAAGAUUUAGCGUAGCUAACAUGGCUGAUCUUGAACUUAAAAAAAUUGCUGGUACUUUGGAUUGGGGAUCAAUGCAGCUAGCUGCACCAUUAUAUCCCCUAUUUUUGGGUACUGAUGCCUUAGCGACUGAGAAGUGGGUGAAGCCAGAAAUGAAAAGACUCCCAGCAAAUACAAGAAUUCGUCUCAAGCUAUUGCAUUACCUAUGUCGGGUAACCAGAGCUGGUUUUAUCAUUCCACCUUGCAUUCAAGUAGUUUUCGAUUCACUUUAUGGAAGCAACACGAAUCCAAAACUGAAAUCGUUGGCUCUGCAAUUCACAUCAAACAUUGUACAACAAUGCAAUCUUGCUCAAUUGAUGCGAGUGGCUGGUGUCAUUUUGAAUGGAAUGAGGAAAUUGAUAGCGGAAGGUGACCCAGCACAUAAGGCAAUGGCUUACACAGUCAUCGGACAACUGGGCCAAAAAAUUCCAAAUAACUCUCCAGGUCUCGUGAACAAAGACUUGAGUAUGCUGCAACAUUUCUUUGAUACUUUAGCAUCGACUGAUAGUGGGUUGAGACAGUCCAUAAGAGACGCAUUGCUCAGCAUGACGCCAGCAUAUGUACUUCAAAAAGGGGAAGAGGAUACCAUAGCUAUGAUGCAUACCUUGCUUUCUAUUCAUAUUGAAUCAGCUGAUUCAAGCGUCAGAUUUGUUGCUGUGCAUUAUGCAGCGACUGUGUUCCCACCGGAUGAUGCACCUUCCCGUUACCUUUUGCUUCUGGCAACCGGUGAUACUAAAGAUGAAGUGACUGCUGCAGCUAUAAAAGCAUUGUAUGGAACUGCUCACAAAAAUGAACGAGAUAAAGAUUUUGCCAAAAACGUUUUUCUGCCAGAUUUUCCCAAACUUGUAACGUACAUUCAUUCUAAAAUGCAAGCAAGACUCAGUGAGACCACUGGAACAGUGAGCAUUGGUAGUAAAACUCUUCCCUACAAUAUUACGACGUGUACUGAGAUUAUCACGUACUUACGUUUGUGCCUGGCUAAAUCUGCUGAAAUACCAUCACAUAACGAGCCUAUUCAACAUCCAUCGGAGUACAGCCCAUUAAUUGGAACUUAUUUGAGGAAUUUAUUUCAAACGUGCCCUGAACCUCUUAACAAUUAUCUUGACAUAAUUUUACUUCUCAUCCAAGUAACUGCAGGCCUGGUUCCGCUCACUGCGUUUUUGGAAGUUAUUGGCACAAUUCCGAUUGAAACAACAUCACGAUACAAAAGUGAUCUCCCAUGGCUCCGAACUUUAUUAACGUCAACAAAAAAAGAUACCCGUGAAUUAGCUGCAAAAAUUUAUGGAGUUGUAGCAGCUCAUAUCCCUAGUGGAGAAUUUGAAAAGCAAGUAGCAGAGAUCAUCAAUGUGAGCCGAAAUAAGGUGCUAGAAACUCAGCAUGGAGCUAUAUUAGCCUUAUCCUACAUGAUGGAGCGAAAAUUAAUUCUACGUAGAAAUGAAGAUAAGAGUGAAAUGCUCAAGUGGGAAAAUUAUGUCAACGCAAUAAAAUUAAUUUAUGCAUUUUUGAGUGACAACAAUGCUUCGCUCGUCAGUGCAGCUUGCGAAGGAAUAGGUUUAUUGGGUAAAACAACAUCCUUACCUAUACCAGCAGAAGAAGGAGAGGAACCGAACAAGGCAGCAGUAGUAACCAAGUUGUUUGGCAUCCUCAACAAUGUUAAAUUAUCAUCUAAGGUCAAAGAAAAGGCAGCUUUGUCUUUAGGUUUCAUAUGUGUCGGUGAAGAGUUCCCACAUACAAGAUCAAUUGUUCAGAAGUUUGUGGACAUGGCCAAGGAGACUAAAGAUAUCGAAGUCCACCUAACAAUUGGAGAAUCCCUGGUCUGCUGUGUACAGGGUCAGGCUGCACCCGUAGCAAGAGAUGCUUGGAGCACACUUCCCAGCCAAUACAAGGUUGCAUUCACCGAUGAAAGUGACAAGCUACUGGCAUGGUUGUUGGAAGAGUUGUUCAAACUGGCUCUCAGUCCCCAUCCGAAUUCAAGACAGGCUGUGUGUAUUUGGCUGUUGGCGCUACUCAGACAUAAUUCUGAUCGAGCUCCAGUCAUCGAGAGGUUACCUACAGUUCAAAAUGCAUUCAUGGAUUUCUUAUCCGAAAAUAAUGACAUCGUACAAGAUAUUGCAUCUAAGGGAUUAGGAUUGGUAUAUGAUAGCAGCGAAGAGAGUGACCGCAAAUCACUGGUCUCUAACUUAUUAGAGCAGCUGAUGCAAGGUCGAAAAACGGUGACUCAAGUCACAAGUGAUACUAAAUUAUUUGAAGAAGGUCUGCUGGGAAAAAGUCCAACUGGGGGCAAUCUUUCGACGUAUAGAGAAAUUUGUUCGCUUGCCUCAGAUUUGAAUCAGCCAGAGUUAGUCUAUCGGUUUAUGCACUUGGCAAACCAUAACGCAGUUUGGACAUCGAAAAAAGGAGCUGCAUUUGGAUUUUCAGCAAUUGCAACACUGGCAAGUGAUGAAUUGAAUAAAUAUUUGCCAACUAUUGUGCCAAGAUUGUACAGGUACCAGUUUGAUCCAACACCAAAGAUUCAACAAAGUAUGGCCAGCAUCUGGCAUGCAAUUGUACCUUCUACUCAUAAGGCUGUUGAGUCAUAUCACAAAGAAAUAAUGCAAGAUAUACUGACCAAUUUGACAAACGAGCAAUGGCGAGUACGAAUAAGCAGUUGUCUUGCACUGGCGGAUCUUUUGAAAUCCAAUGCUCCUAUCAAUUUAGCAGAUUGUGGUCCUGAAUUAUGGAAACAGUUGUUCCGAGUGAUGGAUGACGUGCAUGAGGGUACCAGACUUGCUGCAACUAACACUACUAAAAUUUUAAGCAAGGUCACUGUAAGAAAUUGUGAUGCUUCCUAUGGGAAAGCAGGAGAAGAGGUCCUCCAAGCAGUAUUACCAGUACUUAUAGAUAUUGGAAUUAUUCAUACUGUGGGUUCAAUUCGUGCAAUAUCACUGCAAACUAUAUCGCAACUUGUAACUGCAGCUGGAAAAUUAUUGAAACCUUCAUUACAUAGUUUGAUACCAGCUCUAUUGACAGCAACUGGAGGACUCGAAAAUCCAAAUCUCACUCAACUCAAUACUAGAUAUGGGGCCAAUCCUGAGGCGCAGGAAGUAAUUGACAGUGUCAGAGUUAGUGUGGCAAAAAGCCAUUAUACAACAGAAACUAUGACUAAGUGCAUACAGUACAUCGAUGCCCCUAUCCUUAAGGAGUUGAUGCCAAAAGUGAUAGAUUUGAUCAAAUCUAGUAUAGUACUUGGAACUAAAGUGGCUUGCUCGCAUCUCUUAAUACUUCUUUGUAGUCAUUUGAAACAGGAAUUACAACCCUACGCCGGUAAACUUUUGGCUGCUUUGGUAAAUGGUUUAACAGAUCGGAAUUCAGCAGUCCGAAAAAAUAACGCAAUUACCAUCGGGCAUGUCGUUGGGUCAGCAAAGGGGUCUAGUCUGGAAAAGUUAUUUGCUAUGUUGAAUACUUGGUACAUGGAGAGGGAAGAUGAUGCAAUCAGAUUAGCUAUUGGACAGACUCUACAAUCUAUUAACAACCACAACCAGGAAAUUAUAAAAAAUUAUUCAGACAUUGUAGUACCUCUCACAUUCUUUGCUAUGCACGCUGAAAAAAGUCCAGAAACAGAAAAUACAAUUGAACUCUGGACAGAUCUUUGGGGGGAAAUAGCCCCAGGUACCGAAUCUGGGAUUAAACAAAACUUGACCAUUAUAAUAAGUACUUUGAAUACGGCCUUGGAAUCAGCCUCAUGGACGACUAAAGCUCAAGCUGCAAAUGCUGUGGCAACCGUCGCCACUAAAUUAGGUGCUGGUAUAGAAGCUGAGGCAAGGAAUAAUCUGCUGAAAAUUUUAACUAAUGGCUUGCAAGGAAGAACCUGGAAUGGCAAAGAACGUCUCUUAAAUGCCCUUGCUAACUUGGCAUGCAACAGCAAAGACACCAUGGAAAAAAAUUAUGAUCUUGUGGCAUCAGCUUUGGAUGCAUUAUAUAAAGAAAGUAAAAAGGAAGCACUGGAAUAUCGCCGCCAUGCCCUCAAAGCAUUUUCCGAUGUCUUAUAUGGACUCGAUAUUGAUCGAUUCACACAGGUGUAUGACAUUGCCCAGGAAAUUCUUUUAAAACUAUCGAAUAAACCGGAUGAAGAUGAAGAGAAUUCAGCUGAAGAAAAUUCUAAGAAAAGGGAGUUGAAUAUGAAAUUACAAGAAACAGUGUAUGAAACGCUUGGAAAGGCGUGGCCUUCCACCAAGGAAACACAAGAUAAAUAUUGUAUUCAGUUUGUUACACACUGCCACAAAACGUUGCCAAGUAGUACAAGGCCAGUGCAAGUUGCAAUUUUGGGAGCGCUGAGCCUUUUUGUUGACAAACUUAUUCUCAUGAAAAUAGAUAGUACCAGCGCUAGUCCAGAAGACAAGGAGAUGUUGGCUUCAAUCUGCGAUACGAUCAGCAAGAUUUUGAGGAAUUCAUUGGGUAUAUCCAAAUACACAAGGAUACGAAAGGAAGCACUGAACAUUAUUUUCACAGUUUCUCGAAAACUGCGUGAUGUAAAUAACACAGUUGAGCUCGAAAAGUUGAUAUCCUUAUUCAAGGAGCUGUUGCCAGAAUUAUCAAAGGACCACCAGCCAGAAAUACGUUCAAGGGUAGUCGAUAUCAGAGAUAUUUUGAAAGUCUAAGCAAUAUGCGCGAAUGGAUGCACUUACUAAUUAAAAAAGGUUCAUUGGAAGGCACGAGGCUUUCUAACUUAUGAACUGGAUGUUGAGGCUUGGAACCGUAAUCCAGGUUAAGUCUGACGAAAAUACUUUGAAUAUUCAGUGCCAUGAACACAUGCAGUUUCCAUAUCCCAUGCUUGGUAAGAAUUCUUGUUCCUAGCAAUCUUGGUAAUAUUUUUGUCAAACUUUCAAAAAAGCAUUAGAUUUUGCUACAAACGGUAUAAAACAUCGAGUAGAAAUUGCGGUCAGCAUACGGAUCAGUAAUAUUGUACCUCCUAUACGUUUAAUUAUAAUAUUCACUUAAUAAAAUCAAAAAAUUUGGACUUAAUUAGAAAAUAUUGAUUCGACAAUUGUUGCUAAUUUCGCUUGUGCCAAUUCUCUUUCCCGUUUCUACAUUGAACCAAGGUAAUUUAAUUCUAGGUAAUUUCCAAUAUAGCUGUAUUGCAUAAGGCUGAUGAUCUUACAUUUUAACGUGACUAGCCCGUCAUGGUUACCUUUGUAGUGAUAUUAUGUAACUUAGCCCAUUUAUUUAUAUUGCAGCGAAAGUUUAAUAAAUCAAGUUCAAACUGGAUUUUGUGUAAAUGAAAGAUUUCACAGGUGCAAGCGAAAUCAAACCGAUAUUAAAGAUAUGAUUUGUUGGAGGUUGGGAUAAGAUGGAAAGUCUGUAUACAUAUGAUAAAUGCGCACAUGUGGCAGAAAAAUUGUGAAGUUGUGUUGAUACAAUUUUAUAUUUCUGUUCUCAUAGUUUUUACAGUCAUUAACGAAGACUAUUUUUACACAGGUAAUGUCAUAUGCACUGAAAAAAUAUUAUUGUAGUUUUUUUAGCAAUAUCAAUGCUCCUGGUGUUUUUUUAGAUUUUAAGACUUUAAUCAGUGGCUUCAAUUUGGCUAUUAAGCGAUCAGAAUUUGAUUGAGUGCUAUUUUCAAGUAGCGUUAUCAGAAUAAAACAUCCCCUAUUGAAUUCGA